AUGGCACCGCUCACCCUGCGCCCCGCAAACGCGCGCAUCACAGACGCCCAGAGCCCCGACUCCACCAAGCCGCCACACAUCGACGAAGACACACCCAUGACCAUCUCAGGUGGUCUCUCCCGCCCAACGACACCCCCCCGCUCUUCCCCACAAACCCGCAACCUCACCGCCAAAAACAGACGAAAACGCUACCUCGAACUCAACCCCUCAUACUUCACCGACCCCUCCCUCGAGCUCGCCGACCCCCUCCUCUACGACCGCCUAAUCCGGCGCUUCCAAACCGCCUCGGAGCGCGAAACCGAAGGCCGCCUAAAAGGCUUCUCAGGCCAAAUGGCCACGGACCUGUGGCGCGCCGAAGCCAAGAAAGACGCCCUCGCCCAGCCCAACCCCAACUCCCUGUUCAUAUACAACCGCGGGCCGCAGGGCCAGAUCGUCGAGGAGGAUAAAGAUGAGGUUCCUAUGACGCGGGAGGAGGGGCGCGCGUGGUGGGUUGAUGAGAUGACGCAGCGGUUUUUGAGGGGGGAGGAUGGCGACUUCGAGUAUAAGAAUGUGGAUGGGAAGUGGGAGUUUGAUGAUCCUGAGGAGGAGCGGGAUGUGCAGGAUAGGUGGUUUGAGAGUAUGGAGAGUGAUUUUGAUAGCGAGGGGGAGGGGAGGGAGAAGGUUUUAAUGGGGGAGACGGGUGUGCAGGACUAUUGA